AUGGCGGCGGCUCAACCCACCGGCGCCCUUCCCAAAGAGCAAUAUACCGUGGGUUGGAUCUGUGCGCUGCCUGCCGAGCUCACUGCUGCCCGCUUUUUCCUGGAUGAUCUACACGCCGAACGUCUUGAGCAACAAGACACAAACGACGAAAAUACUUAUGUCCUCGGUAGUAUCAAGGGGCACAAUGUUGUAUUUGCGACUCUACCCUACGGCGUCUAUGGCACUAGCUCCGCAGCGACUGUCGCACGCGAUAUGCUUCGCACUUUCAAAAAUAUUCGCAUUGGGCUCAUGGUUGGCAUCGGAGGAGGCGCGCCUAGUCGAACAAACCAUAUCCAACUAGGCGAUGUGGUUGUCAGUGUCCCUCAGAACGGAAAUGCAGGAGUCUUCCAAUAUCAGCAUGGGAAAAACACCCAAGGCCGGAGCUUCAAGAACACGGGACACGUCAAUAAACCAACCGCUCUCCUGCUAGGUGCAGUUGCCAGCUUAAAGUCUAAAUUUACCAUCAAUGGCAACGGAAUUGCGGAACAUGUGCAUGCACUUGUCACGAAAUAUCCCCGAUUGCAGUCAGAAUUUGGACGACCUGAUCCAACCAGUGAUCGACUCUACAGCUCUGAUUUCAUCCAUCCAGAUGACGAAAAUGGCUUGCAUCGCAGUUGCGAUAUAGUUUGCGGCUUCGACCCCCAGAAAAUUGUCGACCGGACUAGCUGGCCCAAGCGAUACGACGAGUCCGUGGUAUUUCAUGGUGUUAUCGCUUCUGCCGACACACUCAUGAAGAAUGCCAUGGAGCGAGACAGACUUUCUCAAGACGCUGGCGUGCUUUGCUUUGAGAUGGAGGCGUCCGGCUUGAUGAACAGCUUCCCCUGUCUAGUUGUCCGUGGAGUUUGCGAUUAUUCCGAUACCCAUAAGAAUGACCAAUGGCAAGGGUAUGCAGCAAUGUGUGCAGCGGCGUACACAAGAGAAUUGCUGGCUAUGGUAGCCCCUCACAAAGUCGAUGCAGAGCCAAAGCUGGAAAUUUGGCUUGAUUCAAGUUAG